GGCAGGCCCUUCCGUCUUUCUCUUCUCUCCCGGCUCCCACGGGCCCCAUUUUCAGUCGGGGAGGGGAAAGAGGAUAGCAAUUCCCGUCGUCAUGGCUACAGCCGAGGGUCCCUCCCCUGCUCACUGCUGCUAUUUAGGGCAGCUUCAGCGGCCAGGUUGCUCCUAGCCGCCCUGGAUCCCGCCGUCCCUGCCGUCCCCGUCGCAGGGGCUUCUCGGAAGGCAGGAGAUCCGGGACCGGGUUCAGCGCUGGCGGCGGGGGCAGUCAAAGAGGACAAAGUAAAGCAACCUCUGGGGGUCCUGCGAAGCCCCCCAGUUGGAUGUGGGGGGCUCAACCUGGGUCCCCGGAGUGAGAUCCCUGGCUGUGCUGACUGUGGAGCAGUCAUGGGGGGUGCUGGCCCCCAUGUCCAUGACUGGGGAUCAGAACGGAUUGAACCCUGUGGCAUCAGCUGCAGCACACGGCAGAGUCCCCAGGUGACUUGUGAAACUCGUAUCCCUGCCACAGAGACUACCCCAGCUGCAGGAGUGAAUGUCGUAGUAGUAGUUGACGGGAACUGUAUCCUCCAGUAUACCCAUCGUCAGUCACCUUGUUCCUGCCUUUCUGAUGGGCAGCCUCUCUUGCCCCGACGCCCUCCACCAACUUACGGUGCUGUGCCCCCCAGCCCCAUAAUCCCCAGAGGCCCAGCUUGCGGCCAAGAAGCUGGACCGGUCCCGUCUCGCAGGACCCGUGGACUCAGCGUCCGCUGUUGCACCAAAGCCUGUCUGGGUGAUGAAGAGGAACAUGCCGAGCGGCACCUCCAUCGGGGGCCACCCUGCGGUCGCCUCACCCCGGUGCCCUUGCCCUGCAGCCCUUCUGGGCCCUGGUUUGGAGUAGGAUCCCUCAGUGGAGGCAGGCGAGGGGCUCGGGUUGUGAAGAUCUGGGACCGGCAGCGAUGCCCUUUGCUGGAAGAAGGAGAUGUCAUCGCCAAGGUGAACGGGGCUGACGUCCGAGAUCUGAGCCCUGGAGAAGUGGAGAGUGUCUUGCAGGAGCAUAUGCGAGCAGGAGAUGUGAUCCUUCUGGUGGAAAGGAAAGGCCAUCACUCCCAUAGGCAUCCUCAGGAAAACUGCUCUUUUAGACAAGAACAUUUCUUGCCCAACUCCACUCAUAAUAAAGGAGGUCCUCAGGAUCUUUCUAAUCCUUGGGGAGGUCCCCCAGGUGACACUUUGACGGUGACCAGUUUUGUGGGUCCUGAACCUCGGAAUGUACUUGUGUGUCCUGCUCGUUGUUCCCAGAGGCUGAGGAGGCCUCAGCCAGCCGGAGGGGCUGGGGAACCCGUAAGUGUGGAUGGUCCUAAAGAAGAGCAUGGAUGUAGCAUUGCACGAUCAACCAAUGGAGUUGCAGCUGGAAGAGCCGCCAGUUCUGUGUUGCCCCAUCAGAAAGAGAGCCCAUCUCAUCAGGAAGACAGUGGUCUCUUAGCCCGGCUGACCCAUAGCAAUGUUGGGAGUGCCUUCCGGGAGGCAGGGAACCGGGUGCGCAUGAAAGUCCGGAAUCGCAAGGAGGCGGGAGUUUCCAGUGAUUUAAACACUGCUGAUAUUGAUGUGGGGGAAUGUCCACGGAGCCCCAGCUCUCACCUUGCUCAGCCUCAGGAGGCUGGCCAGUAUUCUGUGGAGCUACUACGAGGGCCCAGUGGCUUUGGAUUCAGUCUAAGGGGCGGAAGUGAAUACAAUAUGGACAUCUAUGUCUUAGCUCUUAUGGAAGGUGGGCCAGCCCAGCAAUGUGGCAAGAUUCAGGUGAGCGACCAGCUGGUGGAAAUCAACGGGGAGUCCACAGCAGGAAUGACGCAUGCACAGGCAGUGGAACACAUCCGCAGUGGUGGGAGCCGAAUACGAUUGGUGCUGAAGAGGGGCAAUGGAUUCAUUCCUGACUACGAUCAUGAGUUCAGCCAGAGCUCCACCAAGUUGCAGCAGGUGCUAAAGGCUGAGGACAAAGCUAGGCACCGGCACAGGAGACCAAACCGGUCCACGGUCUCCCAAUACCUGGGACAGAACCUCGGCGCUGGAGAUGACAGGGAGGCAGCACUCUGCGACAUCAGGCAGCAGCUCCCCAAAGCCCACCAGUCUGGCCAGUUGCACCAGACCCCCAGCAAGGCUCAGGGAGAGGAAGAAGAGAAGAGAGAACAGGGUUGGAGACCGCAGAAGCAGGGAACAAGUGGGGAGAGUGAGAGUGACAGCUACAAGCUACUUUCCCCCCGGCCUAGCAGGAAAUUGCGGUCAGACUUGGUCCCUGGGCCUUGGCUUGUACCCAGUAAGGAACGACUGUCCCGGGCCCUCUGGGGGGUCUGCAUGGGCCAGGGAGAGGAAGAAGUACAGAAGGGCAACCCAGGGAGAGGGAAGGGCAUGGAGGUAAAGAGACGGAGUUAAGCCAAGCACCGUUGGGCUCAGUGCAGCCAUGUUAAGAACUACACUGUGCCUGGGGUUAAUGGCACUGGCCAUCUCCAUCUGGAUUAGGCCAUACAAUUCUCCCUUCCAGUGUUAGUUUUUGUUCAGGGCCCUCUCCUCCACUCACACUAUGCAAAGGCACUUUCCAUUCUGCUCUCCCCAUCCCAUUUCCUCACAACCACACUAUGCAAUGAUAGUUUUCAGAAGCCACUUCCUGCAAUUCUCCUGGAAUUGGGCAGUGGAAUUUUCUGUCCUCUGGCUGCCAUGCCCUCUUCCCAAGAACUGUGAUGGUGUCACCGUUUCUACAGUCUCCAGCCCUUUGUGGACUGCAGCUUUCUAAUGUAGUGCUUUUGAAACGACAUUUCUAGGAACCCUGGGCUCCUGAGGCUGGUCAGGUGUUUCUCCAAUGAGAAGACUACCAUUGGCCAGGCAAGUUACCUGUGGAGCAGCUUAUUACUCAUCUUGCUCUGCACAAGGUGGAUCUUAGAACAUCUGCAGAAAGUUCUGCAGCCUACAGAGAUUCCAAUGUACAUUGCAGUGAAUUUGCAUGGAACUGGCUUAAGAGUCACCCUACCCUACAAACAUGCCCCAAACCCACCUAUAACUGCCUUCUGGAGGGAAGCUGAAUAUUGGUCAUAGGUGGGUAUUUUGCAGGAAGCGUGCAGAUUAGUUUUCACUGAUUAAUCAUUUUCUGGUUUCUCAGGAAGCUUCUGGAGCAGCCUUCCCUAAGCUGGUAUCUUCCAAGUAUAUCAGAGCAUGAGAAUUCCUAAUGGGUGGGGAAUUCUGGAAGUAGGAACCCUUACACAACUAGCGGGCACCAGUUAGGGAAGGCUGCUCUGGAGCAUAGAUUAAAAGUCAUGGUUCAGUGUCCCUCCCUCACCUCAUCUUUCAAGACCAUGCAGUAGAGGGGUUGCUGCUGCUGCCACUGCUACCCACCCAGCCACCCACUCCCCAUCCAAUAGCACAGUCACUCUCUUUCCUGCCAUGGUCUACAAUCCUCUUUGCCCGUUCUGCUCCACUGGUAACUCAAGCUGAGAACUACAUAGGCUGGGGUACCUUCUUCUGCUCAGCCACCCAGAAUGCAGUUGUGUUCUCCACUCUGCUAGUGGCAGCCAUAGCCAAUGGAUGAGCAGGAAACCUCCUGUGUGCUAGAACAGACUUGGCGUGCUGGACAGGAUUCCUAUCAUCCUGGGCCCCUCUUGUUCGGUUGCCAGCCACAGGCAGUUCCAGCAUGCCUCAGCCACUCACAGGUGCACCAUGGCCCUGUUAGUCAAUAUGGUUUGUUUGGUCUCUGUCCGUUGUGAGUUUCCACGCUGAGAAAGCAUAGCAAAGGUGGAGUUGCUCCUGGCAAAGGAUUGUGGAAAGAGGAAGUUAGGCAAAGCACCUCUAACAUCUCCUGAGCAGGUAGUGCAGUGUCAGAAAAGCAAGGAAAAAGUUUGAUCUAAAUUACUCGAUUGACAGUCCUUUGCUUCUCAUCAGGUCUAUUGUUUACCACUCAGUUCCUUCCCUGAUAUAGAAGACUCAUCACAGCAUACUGGGGAGGUGGGAUGUUGGCCAAAGCCUUAGACAUACAGGCAUAAAACUCUGCCUUGUGCUCGCUCUCUCUCUUAGGAUGGGGGAGAUAUCAUGUGCACUGCAUGUGGCGUGCAAACAUGAGCCAAUAUGAAAUGUGCAUGUGUCCGCAGAUGCAUAUGGGUGAACAUUUGGCUGGGCUUGUGCUUCGCAAAGUUCAGGAGUCAUUCAUGGGCACAUGCAAAUCCAUGCUGCUCUGCAUGCCAAAGCCAUGAUGCAUCUAAGAACUCAACCCAGUUGCAUUCAAGAGGCACACCAUGCAAGGUUUCAGAAGCUAGCUAUCCUGCAGUACUGCCACCCACAUUUCCUGUGCAGAGAAAUGCUGGGUUACAAAUCUGGAUGG